AGAACGAAACAUGACACUCAGAAACGGAGGAGAGAGAGGGGGCGACGGGGGAAAAGAGCGCACGGGGAGUGAGUGGAAAAAAAAUAAGAGGGGGGUGCCAAAAAAUAAAAAAAUAAAAAGAGACAGCCAGAGAGAACAUUUAGAGAAAAGCACCAGACACUAUAGAGAUAUCUUUAUUUCUAUUGGUAUGUUUUGACCGUCAGAAUGAUGUGGUGCAGCUCCGUAACGCGACCAAACUAAUUAGUAAUUUAGCAAGUAGCGUUCAGGCCACUGGCGCCCGGAGACGCACACGGCUACACCGCGGAACUCCUCUCCCACCUCGGCUACUGUUGGAGCACAAGUGCGGUUCUUCUGGAGUAAAACAGCGUCCAGUCGAGAUCCAGAUCGAUGAGGGACGGCGGAGGAGAGGAGUAGAGUGGAGCAGAGGAUAGAAAGAAGAGACGCUGGUGGCGUGAAAGUAGCUAAACGGGUAGGGAAAAGUUAGCGAGGAGUUUGUUUGCGGCGAGCAGAGGACUGGUUAGCGGAUCCGGACUCAGGGAGACCAUGAAGACCGCGGGGGAUUCCGGGUUUGCCUUCCCAGAAUGGGCGUACAAGCCAGAGUCAAGCCCGGGAUCCAGACAGAUCCAGCUGUGGCAUUUCAUCCUGGAGCUGCUCAGGAAGGAGGAGUACCACGAUGUCAUUGCCUGGCAGGGCGACUACGGCGAGUUCGUCAUCAAGGACCCGGACGAGGUGGCUCGACUGUGGGGUGCCCGUAAGUGCAAACCUCAGAUGAACUACGACAAGCUCAGCCGAGCGCUCAGAUACUACUACAAUAAAAGGAUCCUGCACAAGACUAAAGGGAAAAGGUUCACCUACAAGUUUAAUUUCAACAAGCUUGUGCUCGUCAACUACCCGUUCAUUGACAUGGGGUCUGCAGGUUCCAGUGUGCCCCAGAGUGCUCCACCAAUCCCAUCAGGUGUUGGAUCCCACUUUCGUUUCCCUCCUUCUACCCCAUCUGAUGUUCUCUCCCCGAAUGGUGAAGAGCUGCGCAGUCCUGGAGUGUUUGCCAGUGUGGCCCGGAGGGCGGCACGGGGGUCUGUGUCUGACUGCAGCGACGGCACCUCUGUAGCCUCGGAGCUAGAGGAGGUGGGCAUCAAUGCCAGUGAUGAGCGCCCAGCAGAGCGAGCCUUCAGAUCUCUGUUCCUGCCACACCAUCCACGGCUAAGUCACGACUCUCUGUUUCGCAUGUACGGUGUUCCUCCCCCUGGCCCUGUACCCUUCCCUGCCUCACCUCUGCCUGGUGGCGCCCUGCUGCCCCCGCAGCUCUCACCUGCCCUCUCCAUGACUUCAACACCAACCUCACACCUGCCCUAUACACCCUCGCCCUCACUGGCGUCACCCAUGCCCGGCUCACGCUUCUCCUUCAGCCCUGAAGACAUGAAGCGCUAUCUGCAAGCACAUGCUCAGAGUGUCUACAACUACCACCUCAGUCCACGUGCCUUCCCACACUACCCCAGUAUUGUUGUGCCCCAGCCGCAGCGUCCUGAUAAGGGCCUGGCAGGGCCGGCAGUGGGCACACACUUCGCUGCUCACCCACUGCACCACCAGCAGCCUGAAGAGUCACACCCCUCACCCUUUAAAUUCAAGCUUCAGCCACCACCGCUGGGCCGAAAGCACCGGGAUGGCCCGCCCUCCUCAGCAGCAGGACACAUUCCUUCUGGUUCUGCCUCCACAGGCUUGUUUGUGGGUGAAAGUGGCUCUGGCAUAGGCCAGGGUUCCAAUUCUGCACCUUCUGGACUGGCCAACAGUGGCUCCGGAGGGCCGCCAAAGAUCAAGGUUGAGCCUGUCUCAGACAUAGAAUCAGAGGAAGAAGUAGAGGUCACUGAUAUAAGCGAAGAUGACGACAACUGUGAUGUCUUUGCCCCAUCACACUGCAACGGAGGAUCUGCCCUUCUGCCCGCCCCUGAUGGGAUCAUAGACAAUGAGGAGGAUGAUCUUGAGGAAGAUGUAUUUAAGACUCCAGCAGCACCCCCUUCUGGUGCUAUUAGUGGCAUUGCCAUUGGGGUUGGUAUGACAUUGCCAGGCCUCAAAGCUGAACCCAGAGAGGGAAGUCCCAGCAGCCCCGGUGGCACCCAGUGCAUCCCGCUGAAACUGCGCUUCAAGCGCCGCUGGAGUGAAGACCAGCGAAUGGAGGCAGAAACCGAGGAGGCUGAAGACAAAAAGAGCCGUGCUGAAAAGGAGGAACCCUCAGCCCGAGAAGUGCAACCUCAAAGGGUACAGCCAAACAACGAGGGAAGAAGCCCCGUGAACUUGGCCGCACCCCUGAGCUCGGGCAAGAGGAGAGUGAGCUCCGAGCUUCAGAAAGCAACAGCGCAACUGUCUUUAGAAAACAAUGGGUCCUGAGGAGAGAAUUGUGCAUACUGUCAUAUGUAAGAUGAUAUGCACCGAUCUGUGCUUAGCUAUUGGCUGUGGAUACAGACUUACACACAUUCAAAACCAUUGGCUGAAAAAUUAAAUCUAUAUGCAGUAACUCUCAGCGGUUUUCCACACAUGAAUGCCUGACGCAUGCUGACUUCAAGGUGCUGAGACACUACAAAUGGCUGAUACUGACUGCUCCUCCUCUGCAGGAUGAUUCAAAAAGUCCCACACCCACGUUUGACCUUCUCACUCUUGGUCUGCUCCAUUUCUCAACCACGCCCAUCAAAUUUUCAUGAAUAAACUGACCAUGACGCACUAUAAUGGGCGUUUCUUUUCCUUGGAACUCCUUUGUGACUCUGCUAUUUACAUUAAAGGGAGGAGCAUCGAUGCCUUUCCAACACAGUUUAACAAACAACAAAGUGCCUGAAAUGGUCAACAUAGUCCGCUAUACAGAGCAAUGAGUAAAGGAGCCGAUAUUGAGAGAUGACCUUUCCCACCUCUGGGCUGUAGUACUUCUGACAAAUUGGACAUGUAAAGUCACACCUCGUCAUUCAACGAUGGCUUUUUAUCCUCCCAGACAUUAAGUUAAGAACAGUCCUCCGUCAGCAUGACGUUCUUAAAGAAGUCUCAGGUCCUCGGAGGGACGUUUUUGCCGUACAAGUUUCUGAAGCCUUUUUGCUCGCAAAACAGUACCUCCUUACAGUCACUGCCUUCACACCUUGAUGCUACACACUAACUGUUAAACACUGCCUUAUAACGCUCGUGGGGUCCACAAAAGAGUUUCAGAGGCAUAGCAGAGUACCUCUCUGUCCCCAGUCCUAUUCACUCAGCUUCUGUUAGUUAAAGGGACCACUUGAACUUCCACUGAUGUCUCCAGAUGUAAAUACAUCCCUGAUGCAGCAUAGAUUUUAGUGUAUCUACCCUCUUUAAAGCUUGGCAUUAAUUCCUGCGACCAAGUACGAUUUGUAUAUAAUGACUGGUUCUCCCCUUUUAAUCAAUUUUGACCCUGAAAGAGACGGUACUGCACAAUGAGCAGUUGCUCUUACAGGUGAGAGUGGUGAAUAGAAGAUUGUAGCAUGUUUUCAAAGUCCUUCAUGCCUGUCUAAAGAAUUCUUGAAAAAUAGCAGGUUCGUGAGCAAAAAUCUCAGGCACACGUCAGCAAGUCCUAACCUCGACUCUAUGGGUCCAUGAAGCCUUUUACAGAAAGAAUUUAAAACGUGAGAUUGUGCCUUCUCCUAUACGAGCAGAUUUGCUUUCCUAUUCUUUAAAAAAAAAAAAAGAGAAAAACCAUCACAUUUAAACAGAAAAAGACUCAACCUCAGAUUUGGGCGGCUGUGGUUUAGGUGGUAGAGCGGGUUGUCCACUAAUGCCGGCCCACAUGCCGAAGUGUCCUUGGGCAAGACACUGAACCCCAAGUUGCUCCUCAUGGCAGGCUAGCACCUUGCGUGGCAGCUCUGCUGUCAUUAGUGUGUGUGUGUGUGUGUGUGUGUGUGAGAGAGAAUGGGUGAAUAAGACACAGUGUAUGCGCUUUGUAGAACCGCAGAGGUAAAAAAAAAAAAAAAAAAUUUUAAAAAGCGCUAUGUAAGUGCAGACCAUUUACUUCUGUAUUGUCUUGGACUUGUAUUUUUUUUUAGCAGAAAGAAAAUCAAAAUAAAGCCCAUAUAUUGCAUACAUUCAUUAUAUAUAUAUAUAUAUAUAUAUACAUAUAUAUAUAUAUUUGAUACAGAUAAUCUAUAUUCAAAACUUUGAAUAGUUUUGAUAAUUCUAUUUUUAAAGAUAAGAAUAUUUAAAAUAUGCGCAAGACCUCAAAUGUGUAAUUACAGGGAUCCUACAUUGCUUUUCUGAGAAUGAUUAGGGUUUACAAAGUGUUAUUAAAGAAAAGACAGGAAGUGAUUGUACCUUAAGCAUUGAUAAUUUUAUGAUAAAUUUCCCACACAUGCACGAUCAUACACAGAAGCAGAAUGCAAGGUGAAGGCAGGGAUAUUUCACGCAAGUUGAACUGAAUUGUCGCUCCUCUGCGCAUACAUGAGCUAGUGCUUUCGUUAGAACCGCGUUUAAUGGCGUUGCAGGUUCUGCAGAGUAGAUGAGAUCAUGCAGGAGCAAUCCCUGACCUCAGGAAAUAAAGCAGGUCUGGGUCAAAUCCGAAAAAAGUUCAAUAUUACACCCUUAAGUCAGUGGAACAUAACUGAGGCAGGUUAAAACAUUUUAAAUGUUUUUUUUUUUUUUUUUUUCCUUUCCAUUGCUGAGUACAUACUGUAAGCAAAUCUAUGGCAGUGCAAAACUUUGCCACAGCUUUCCCCCUUUUGCUUUAUCCCUUGACUUCUCUGUCUCUCUCUCUCUCUCUCUCUCUCUCUCUCUCUCUCUCUCUCUCUCUCAAAAGUUUUAGAUGGAGUUCAUCAGCGCCGCAUUACACCAGCUCUACAUGACAGCUGCCUUACUUAUUCAUACUUGUAAAAGAAUUUCAGAUAUUUUUCAUAUCUUCAGUAUAGACAUUGCUGUUUUUAUUCUACCUAUUCAUGUCAUCAUUUAUUAUUUUUAAACAGUGAUAUUUUGUACCCUUUCUUGAAAGAUUUCAGUUUCAGCAAAGUGUAUUCCAAAUUCAUAAUGGCAAAUACAGUCCUUGCUUUGUAGCUUGCCUUGUACGCUGGUUUUAAUCAUUAAAAAGCCAGAAAAAGGGGAGGGGUAACAUUAUGCUAUCACAUUAUUUUUAUCUAAAUAUAUUCUUUUUUUUUUUUCUUUUUUCUUUUUUUAAUCUUGUGUACAUAUAUAUAUAUAUAUUUUUCAUUUUGGUGGACUGUAGAACAAUGAAGAAGUUUCUUUAUUGUGUAUAAGGUGUCUGUUUCUUUUCUGUACAUGUAUUAAUCUCUUCCUCACCCGCACAUAUGCUUAUGCUCUCAGCAGUUAUGUGUAACACUCUAAAGAAGAUAUGUAACUUGACAUCAUGAGGAAAUGUAUUUUAGUUUCUCCUUUUUAAAACUAUAAUCAGGGUUCAUUAAAAACAGGUAAACG